UGUAAAACAAUGUUUAUUCAUGUGUUCUACCUAUUCAUUGUACACGUUUUUAUACUUAUACGUAUUAAAAAAUUGCUAUAAAACUCGACUAGCAAGUUUAAUCGGCGACAGACGGUGUUCGUCAUAUCACUAUGGUUAAGUUUUUAUUAUGUAUAAUUGCUUACAUACUCCUCGGAACUAGAGCAGAGAAUGUGAGUUGCGGCGACAAUGAAGUGAUGAAUAAUUGUCCUGCUUUGAAAUGCGAGUAUUGUCCCACGUCCGAUGCAGAAGCUCGAGCAUGUCUAAAUGAUACGCAGGAUGUCUGUUCACCAGCCAAGUGCACCUGUAGGAAUAACUACAGGCGUCUGCAGAACGGAACCUGCGUACCUACAAGAGAAUGUCCUUUUUUCAAAUGCCCUGGAGCCAAUGAAGAGUUCGACGCAUGUCCUGUAUGCCCCAGUGAUAACUGUACUAAGGCCACAGCCGACGGUACUUGUCAUUUUGUUGGCCGCAUCGGAAUAGUACUGCAGUGUCGGCCAUCUUGCAGAUGCAAGAAGAACUAUUGGAGAGACGGAGAUCUUUGUGUACCGUAUGAAAAAUGCCCAAACAUUAAGAAAGCUGCUAAUUGCACUCGUCCCAACGAAAGUCUGCAGUGCAUCAGAUCAUGUCCACCGUUGGCGACUUGUGACAAUCGCAACAAGACUUACCAUUGUCUCAUUAAUACAUCUGCACCUUGUAACUAUCAAUGUGCUUGCGACAAAGGAUUCUAUAGGAACACUGACGGAUUUUGCGUCACCAAUAAUUUAUGUGAUAAGAAAUGCAAUGACCCGAACGCGGAGUAUAAACCGGACAAAAAGAAAUGUCCAUCGGAUUUAUGUAGUUCCAUUGUAUCAAGAAUCGCGUGCAAUCCAAACGAGCAAGGGCAGCCAGGGUGCGUCUGCAAGUCGGGCUUCUUGCGACUGAAUGAAAACUCAACCUGCAUUCCGGCGAACCAAUGCCCAGAACUGGUUAAUGCACCUGGUAAUUGCACGGGACCUUACGAGAGUCUCAAAUGUGUAAAAUCGUGCCCUCGACCUAGGACUUGUAUAGGUCGUUUCUUACGUUACAAAUGUUUAAAUACUUCUGAGGCUUGUAAGAAUGAGUGCGUAUGCGAUGACGGAUACUACAGAAAUCCGGAUGGAUUUUGUGUGACUAGUGAUUUAUGUGAUAAGAAAUGUACCGGUCCUAACGAGGAAUACAAAGCAGACAAAAAGUCGUGUCCGCCUGAGAUAUGUCGGUCUAUUGUAGCGAGGUACAAAUGUGAUUCAAAAGACAAAGGCCAGCCGAGCUGUGCGUGCAAGCCGGGAUUUUUGAGAUUGACCCUGAAUUCAACUUGUAUCCCAAUAAAACAAUGUCCAGAAUUACAGGGUUCGCCUGAUUAUAAUAAACCUAAAUGCACUUUACCGAACGAGAGCCUAAAAUGUGUGAAGUCUUGUCCUCCGCCGAAAUCGUGUAAGAACCGUGGCGUAUUGUUCAAUUGUUACCAAAACAAGACCGAGAUCUGCCAAGACAAAUGUAUCUGUGACGAUGGAUUUUACAGAAAUGAAGAUGGAUUCUGUGUAACGAGCGAUCUCUGUGACAAGAAGUGUACCGGACCAAACGAAGUAUAUAAGCCAGAUAAAAAGCAAUGUCCUCCCCAGACUUGCCAAUCUAAACUAGCUCUAUUUAAAUGUGACCCUGAAGAGAAAGGUCAACCGGGUUGCGUCUGCAAUCCUGGCUAUUUACGAGCAAAUGUUAACUCGACUUGUAUACUGUCGGAACAUUGCUCACAGUCGCCGAACUCCACUGAUUCAAAUCCCUUGAAUUGUUCUCUUCCUAAUGAAAGUUCGCAGUGUAUUGGAUCAUGCCCACCUUUGAAUACCUGUGGCAACCGAAAUAAAACUUACCACUGCCUUAUCAAUGCAUCCGCGCCUUGUAAACAACAGUGUGCGUGCAACAAAGGAUUCUAUAGAAAUUCCAAUGGUUUUUGUGUCACCAGUGAAUUAUGUGAUAGGAAGUGCUCUGGUCCUCAUGAAGUCUUUACAACUGAUAAAAAGGAAUGUAAUCCUGAUAUAUGCAGCUCUAUUGUGUCUAGAUAUGCAUGCUAUCCUAAUGUCAAAGGUGUUCCCGGGUGCGUUUGUGAGUCAGGCUAUUUAAGAUUGUCAUUAAAUUCGACCUGCAUUCCAAUAAAUCAAUGUCCCGAACUUGCUAAUUCACCUGAUUAUAAUAAUAAUUGCACCAAGCCUAAUGAAAGUCUAAGAUGUGUCAAAUCUUGCCCGCGGCCGAGGACAUGUAUAGGCCGUUACUUACGUUACAAAUGUCCGAACGUUACUGGAGAGGUUUGCGAGAACAAAUGCGUAUGCAACGAUGGAUACUACAGAAACUCUGACGGCUAUUGCGUUACGAGCAAUUUGUGCGAUAAAAAAUGUACCGGCCCUAACGAAGAGUACAAAGCAAAUAAAAAGUCAUGUCCUUCCGAAAUUUGUAAGUCGCUCGAUAUAGACGACGAAUGUAACCCUGAAGAGGAGGGCCAGCCGGGAUGCUCGUGUAAAGAAGGAUACCUCAGAAAAGAUCUGAAUUCGACUUGCAUGCCUCUAGAACAAUGUCCAGAAUUCGAAGACUAUCUCGAUUAUACUCCCAGAAAGGGAUGCCUCGUACCAGAUUCGGAGCAAGAAUAUGAGAGUUAUCCUGUCGAAGCAGAAGUAGAAUAUUGGCGGUUUGUAGAAGUGCCAUCGAAGGAUCAGGUAGGCGUUGAUGAUAAACCUGAUAACUAACUGACACAGAGUUCAAGGAACACCUUAAGCAGUCAUUUCUAAUAAAGAUCUUGCAUUUAAAUUGAUGUUAUUAUUUCACAAACGUGUUAUUAUUUAAUAGGUUAAAAUGUUA